AUGCCCCUCGUGGGUAAUACCCUAGCUCCAAAAGUUCUCGUCAGCCGUGUCAUCGUCUGGCUGCUCCAAGAACCGAGAAACGAUGAUCACGACCAACGUUCAACUAACGCGAGUGCUCAACCACCAGAACGGGUUCUCAGCAUCCACCUAAACAUGUCCAAGCGCGAAAGCGACGAAUGGAGUCUGUCCCUCCAUCGCUCUGUGGUCCGCGAAUCCAGCGGCGACCCCCUCCCCAGCUGGCUUCGGCCCUAUCUCCCAACCUUACAUGCAACGUUCGCUGUCCUGAAGAUGCACCCUCCAAAACACCGCGGUAAACGAAUACACACCAUCUCCGAAAGCCACCCGUGCAGCAACUACACCUCUGAAACCUCCGAGGAAGGAACCACAUAUCGCCACGCGUGGACAUCGCGGGAUCACCGUAAACAUCGUCAUGUCUGCUACGCGCCCACGGCCAGUAACCAUCCUCGACACGCGAAGGGCCUCAGGGCGGGCUUGAAGCAUCUGAUGAGGAUAGAGUACUGGAAUGUCAGUUGGUGGGUUGCACAGGCGUUUACGUGGGGUAGCGUCGUCUGGUGUGUGAAUGGGUUUUGCUCCCUACUACCGUUGAUCUACCCAGACACCUUUGGCGAUCCCCUGCACAGUUCGGGAUGGACUGCGUGGGUGGGGGCGACGAUUUUCGAGGUUGGGUCGGUCUUUGGGAUGUGGGAGGCGUGGAAUCGGGAUGAUGUGGCUGCGUUUGGGUAUAAUGUGUUGCACAAGUGGCAUGAUGUGGAACAUGAUGUUGAGGAGGCUGCUGUGCGACAUCUGCCGAGGAGGUUGAACAGUAAAUUGGUGCAUUCGGAAACGAGAAAUGGGAAACCAAGAGAGGGGGAUUGGAACAACAAGAAUGGGUAUGGCAGGGGACAGAACCACGACCGACAAACAGAUUCGGGCGCGUCGAGCCCUACCCUAGUAGGGGAAGGGCCGGUGAUGAGCAGGAAGAGGUGGAUAUGGUGGUCGACCGAGGGUCACUAUUUCCGAGAAUUGGGAUUUCUGGCGGCCUUCUUCCAGAUGAUGGGUGCAACCAUUUUCUGGAUCUCUGGGUUUACAGCCCUUCCAGCCAUCCAGGAGGCAAUAGAGCACAGGACUGGAGUGUACGCCGGUAUCUUCUGGGUACCACAGGUGGUGGGAGGGAUGGGUUUCAUCAUUAGUUCGUGA